UGUUUUCACUUCCGCUUAUGUUUACAUGGAGCGAAAGACGAUCUAGAAUCGAUUAAGCAUUCUACAGAGUUUUAUAUCGACAUUUUAACACCAAGAAGAUGACAGUUACAAAGACUAAGAGAAGAAAAAAGUCUAUCUUGUGUUGUGGGGGCAGUGUUUCAGCUCAAUCACCGGUGCCAUGGUCACCAAGACCAGACAGUCCAUUUGAUUUUCCAAUUGUGGCAUCACCAAGACCAGGCAGUCCUAUUGAAUUUGGAUUUAAACCAGACAAAAGGCCUAGCUUAUGGAGAAGAUUAAAAACAUAUAUUGGUGACAGAAUUCCAACAAGGAUUCGUAUAAGAAUCAGACACCCAUGUGGGAGUUGGGAAGGGAGCCAUGAAAAUGUGCAUGAUCUUGAUAUUGGAAUAAAGGCAUUGCAUCUCAGCUUAAGGAAAAAAUCUAUUCUUCCAGUACAAUCAUUGUCCAUUAUCAAUGAAAGAUUUGAUGAGAAAAGUGACUUCUGGUCUACCAGUUCAAGGUCACAGAACAAAAGAGAUAAUAGCAUUACAUGUUCUUCUGAUAUUACGCUAGAAACAGACAAUUUUUCUACGACAUCUCCAAUACCUUCAGAAAGAUACAGUAAUGUUUCAAUACAUCCAGAGAUUCACAGUUCUUCCAAUGUCUUAUGUGAAGGAAGGUCUAACACCUCAGCUUCCACAUCUGGAUCAUCAUCCAUUGAAGUUCAUGAUGAGCAAACCAACAGCUCUAGAAAAGAAAGAAGUACCAGGAGACAGAAGCCUAAGAUCAUAUCAGUCAAGUCUGCAGAUGCUAGUGACUCCUCUGGUAGUCAAAAGUCAAAUGAUUCAUACAAAGGAGAGAGUGAAAGAAUGAAGAAAUUCAGAAAAAGAAUAGCUGCCAAAAAUAGAUUAGCAGUGUUACCUCAAAAAGAGGAAAAAAGUAUUAGCCCUAAGAAAAGUAAAUCAAAUGCUUCCAGUAAAGAAAAAAGUGUUGCUAUCACCAAUGAUGAGAAUACUGGAGAAACAAAGCUGCAAAAUGAGGAGAAGAAACACAGUGGAAAAGAAAAACAUACUGUAAAUGAAGAAAAGAGUACUAAUAGUAAUGCAUGGAGUGAAGAAAGUGACAAUGAAGGAUCAGAAAAAAGAGAAAAACGAGGGAAAUCUGCAGCCAGGAAAAAAGUAGCUUUCAGUGAAAAAAGUAUUGACAGAAGCAGUACAGGGCAGAGAUCAGACCAGUACAAAGACUUGUAUAAAUCAGAAAGAAUUAUCAACACAGAGAAAAUACACCCAGCAAUCUCAAAGAAAUCUUACAAACUAAAAUGUGAGAAAAAUUUCAAUCUCAGAGCCUCCACACCAAGUGAUGAAUUGGCAAAGGAAAAAGGGACAAAGAAAAUGAAACCCUUCAAAAAGGAAGUUGUUGACUCGAUGUAUGAAGAAGAACCUAGCGUAAUAAAACUAGGUGUACAGCAGCUACAACCUGCAUGGGGAACUACCACAACUUUAGCUGCCAAAACUUUUGAGGACAGGCCAAUUAUGAGUAUGGGACCAGCACCGACAGCCCAUACAGUCCAUACAAGAAAAGUGUCAGUACAACCAGGUAGAACCAAUAUUGACAAGCAACCAAAACUAACAGAAGAAACCCAAUGGUCAUCUGCUGAAAAGUUUGAAGAUAGAAUGAAAAAUGCUUUAGACAAAAGGAAAGUCAGAAAAGAAAAAGUUACCCGAGUUAAUGUACCGAAAGGUGAUGGUGCUGAAUCUGAUGGGAAAAGACCCAAUCCAAUUGGAAGAGAAAAUAAAGAAGUAGAGAAAGAAAAGCAGCAUGCAAAAUACACUAUGCCAAAUAAUAGUGACAAUAGUUCAAAUGAUGAUCUAUCUAAAAACCAGAAUGAUGACCUUGAUCUAGAUGAAAUAAGAAAAGCAGCAAGAAAUUUGGUUUCCAAAUCAACCAAUAUGGCAUUGGAUUUUGUUGAAGGAAAUGAAUGGGAUAAGAAAUGCUUCAACGAAGGAACAAAAUAUCAGUCCAAUCUGUCCAAAAUAAAUGAGGAGAAGGAGAAAGAUAAAAAGACAAAGAUUUUGAGGAAGAUCUAUGAUGAAGUUUAUGUGGACCAUAAACCACCAUUGCCUACUAAGAAAAUAAAAGAAAGAUCACCAUUGGAAGACACAAGGGUAUUUAAACCAGUCUAUGAGGAGGAAACAAGGGUAUUUAAACCAGUCUAUGAGGAGGACACAAGGGUAUUUAAACCAGUCUAUGAGUAUGAAACAACAGAUGACGAGUCUGAUGGAGAAGAAAUGCCUAAAACUACGAAGAAUAACACAGUUAUCAUUCCAAAGCCAAGAGUUAAACCAGAUAUGAGUUAUGAGACCUAUAUGAGAGAAUUCAAGCAGGAUAAAGACAUCCCAUCAAGAUCAGUGGAAUUAGAUGAUUACAGUAUAAAUACUGGGGACUCUACCAAUCUAGAGGAGUAUUCUACUGCUGAUUUUAUAAAUGAUUUUGAAACCUGUUUGGGUGAUUUGAGACCAUCACAACAAAGGGAGAUAACCAAAACAAAGUCUGCUGCACCAAGACCAAGGGAGACAACUCUGGCACCAAAUCCAUUCCCUACAUCCAAGAAUAAUCUUACAACAGUUUGUCCACCAAAAACAGAAAAACCAAAAUAUAGAAGGAGAAUACUACAUCAAAAUCAGUUACUUACAGGGGUAGAAGAUCAUCCAGCAAUUCAAAGAAUAUCUGCUCCAGAAGAACUGGGAAAAUUACAAGAAGUUCAAAAUAGACAAGAGCCUACUCCAGAAAUCUUUCUUAUGACAGGAAAGAAGGAAACAAGAAGAGAAGUUGAUUCGGUGCCUCUUUCUACUUACCAAAGACCAAUAGGAAAGCUUCAUGCAAAGGGAAGAGACUCUGCUAUGGUAGAUGUCAAAUUUUUCACAGAACAACGAGAUCCUAGAGCAAAUGAAAAAACAGACCCAAUGGACAGUAGAGACACAUACGGCCAGGACUGUCUUUAUCCAAUGCCUGAAAAUAUGCCAGACAAUUUAACUCCAAUAGAGAAGCAGAACUAUUCAAAAAUGCAAUGCACAUUUAAAGCUAGAGACAAGAGUUUGCCUAAUGCUAAGUUUUGGACAGAUCUUGCCAAGGGUAACCUUCCUUCACAUGAUAGAGGCAGUUUUGAGGUUGAGCAUCCAAAGGAAAAGAAUGGUGGAUAUUCUUCAUUGCCAAUAGCACCAAUUGGAUUAGGAUGUAGUGAUGCAUAUAGAGUUGGAAUCACCAACAGUGAAGCUGAGCUGAAUAAAGUUUUCUUUUCAAAAGUAGCAUCAAAACCACAAUUCUUUCAGAAGUCAGAAAAGAAGCACCAGGAAUCAAAUUCUUAUCCACUUGAUAACAUACCAUCCCCAGACAUCUACAAGUCUACUGCACAGGAAAAUCUGGAUUUUUUUAAACAUGUAGCAACUGAUCCUAACUUUAGAAAUGAAGGAAAAGAAAAACCAAAGCCUUAUAUUCCAAAAACACCCAACAGGAAUAUAUUACUGGAUGAAGGCCGUGUUAUUAAUGCCAAAGAAAAUAUGGAUUUCUUCAGAAAAGUUUCCAAGGAUCCUGAAUUCUUUAAGAAAAAGGAUGAAUCUGAAAAGAUUGAUAUUCCAAGAUCAUAUUUCAAUCAAGCACCUCUUGGAGUGAAGGAAGAAUUUCCAGGAAGACAUCACUCAAAAGAAAAGGAAAACCUUGAUUUCUUUCUACAUGUGUCCAGAAAUCCCACAGUAUUUUAUUCUGAACCUGGGGAUCCCUAUGAUGAGGAACCUGUUAAUCCCUCUACCUCUCAGAAUUACCAACCAUCAAGAGGCUUUAUCCCUGAUGAUCCUACAAACUAUGUUGAUGAAGAAACUGCAGGAAACAAUUUAAAAUUCUUCAAAAAUUUGGCCAAAGAUCGAGAUUAUUCACAAGUUGAAAAUAAAAAAGCUUCACGAAAGAGUGGUAAGAAAAAAAGGAAACAGAAGCAAAUAUCAUUUGUAGAAAACGGCAAUGACAAUGGAAACGGUAAUUUUCAAAUAUCAAAAGAAAAAGCUGAAGAAAAUCUCAAGUUCUUCAGAGAGAUGUCACAAUCAGCAAAGCAUGGAUAUCCAAGAUAUGAAUAACGUGUGGUAGAUAAAACUUAAGAAAUACCCUAGUGCUACUCAAAGAAAUACGCUAGUACUACAUAAAAAAAACCAGUUGUGUGCAAUACUAUGUUGACUUUAAAAGUCAUAUUUAGUGCUGUGAGUGAUAAAAAUGUGCAAUAUUCUUUAUUUGGUGCAACAUUACCAAAGAUCAUGAAAAUAAUACAUUGAAAAUAUUUCAUACUAAUUUAUGGUUUCAUACUUUUUUUCAUAUUUAAGGUUCAUUUUUAUUUAAAAUAUUUUUCUAGCAGUUGAUUUUUUUUACAUAAAAUCCUACACAUGAACUUGCCAUAUAUUUACUAAUAUCAAUCAUUUGUAUUUUUUACUGGGAUAUUCAUUUUACUCAAACUUGCAUUGCUGUUUGCUUUUAUAGCCCUUUUUAGGCAAGUUUGUUAUGUUUUGAAAUCUUUUACAUUAUACCAAUAUUAAAUCUAUGCAAAAAUAACUAUUCAAAAUUGAGUAUAGAGUGCAUUUUAAUAAACUUAGAUUAUUGGAGAUGCAAUAUGAAUUGCUAAGCAAGCAUGAUAAAGUGACUGGUCACAAUCUUUAUUUGGUCAAAAGUAUCCAUUUCUAAGACUAACUUGAAUGCUCAAAAUUUUCUAAACAGGAAUGUUUGGACAGACAUAUUGUUGAGAAUGUUUAAUACUAUGAUCUUCAAACUAAAAGAUCAAACUGUUAAAUUUGUAGAAAAAAAGUUCUAAUAAGCAUGUUUUACUUUUUAAUUCUGGGGAAAAAUAAAUUGCAGAAAUUGAAAUAUUGUGAAUAUCAGUUGAGACAGAAAUGUAGUGGCUUGAAGAAUCUUGAAAAUCAGUCAAAUAUGAAUUCCAGUAACUGUUAGAUUCUGAAAAAUUCUGAAUAUCAUGAAAGUCAGAAUUGCAGUUGUUGUGAGAUUCAGGCAAAAACUGAACAUCAGUAAGGUCAGAAUUACGGGAACGGAGAUUCUAGACAAUUCUGAAUACAUGUGUCAGGAAAUCCAGAAUUAUAGUUCCUGCGAGAUUCUGAUAAAAUCUGAAUAUCAGUAAAUCCAUGACUGUACAAUUUCAGUACACUUCAAUAUCAGAUUCUAUAAUUAAAAGUUCUGGUAUAUAGUUUCAGAAUGGUAAUUACUUAAUUUGAGCUUGAAUAUUGGUACUGGAAUUCACAAUUAUAUCUUCAUGAUUGAUUCUUCAAGUUCUUAGCAAUUCUCACAUAAAAACAUAGGCUCUAGUAUAGUCUUGUUAACAGAUAUUCAAAACUUGUUCAAUUUUUGGGAUUUAUUUUUACACAAUUUGGUACCAGAACUUUCGCAAUGCAUAAAUUUCAUUUCUUGUUACCGGUAGAUAUUUUUUUUUUAAAUCUAGUUCAAUUUGACAAAUUGUCCAUGUUUUAAUCUCAGCUUGUCAAAUUGUUUUUGAAAUUUUUAAUUUCAGUUAGCUUUUUUUUUUUUGGUUUAAGAGCUAUUAACUCAAUCAUAUUUUAUAUUUAUUGCUAGACAAAUUUUCAUAUCAGUUAUAUCUAUAUGUUCUGGAUGUGACACUGGCUAUUUACGAAUAAUGUACACUACCUUACAAUUCAACAAGUGCAGGACAAAUCACUUUUACUUGAUUAAAAUGGGAAAAAAGUUUUUUAGAGAUUAAAAAGCAACAGUUAGAUUUUACUCUUCUUAGAAACCAGAGUAAUGAUAUGGUACAAUACUUCCUAGUUUUGGGUAGUACAAAUGUGUAUACCAAUGUAGUUUUCUUUCUAAAGUACCAGUCAAAUCAUUUUUGUAUCAGCAGUAAAAUAUAUGUAGAUCUUAUUCUUAAAGAACUUGUUACAAUUUUCCUAAAAACCUAACCACUACUUACAGAACUCUAUUUUUUUACAUUACUUUCUGAUAUUGCCAAAAAUGAGAGAUGUGAAUGGUGCUUUUUUAAUCUGUGAUAUUUUUUUGUUAUUGUUUAUUUAUAUAUGUAAUCAUGUUA